CCGGCUCAUCACAAGUUCAAUGCUUUGGUCAUGUGAUGACGACUGAGCCAACCCCAGCGUCCUGUUGAAGACAGUGGGAUUGGAUAGUUCAGCAGGAAGCCAACUCCGGCUCGAGGACCGGAGACGGGGAUGGGCGGGGAGGCGUUUCCUCAGAAGCUGGGAUCCACCAAUCACCUUCGUCUUCUCCUCUACAUCCUGAUUCCCACUGUGAGCCUGCUGGCCGCCCUGCUGCUGCUGGUCCUGGCCUUCACUGGUAUAUUCGGCGGCAGCCUUUCGGACUCCAGCCCCCUGCCCUCCCCUGAGCCCAUUGCCGACAGCGACCCUGGUUACCACGGCAACAGCACAAUGCCCUCCCCCUCUUUUGAGGCAGGAAGCGUCACGUCUUUGCUACAAAACCACAGUGAGAGCACACCUGCCGCCAUCACCAGCGUCCUUCCCCCUUCCUCCUCGCAAGCCCCACCCACCCAGCCCUACACAAAGCCUCCUGAUUGGCUGACCUCUGUGACAAUGAGCACCGCCUGGCCGAUCCGCACCACCCCAGCACCUGACACAGGCAGCUGUCAGCUGAUCCUGGAGCCUCAGUGUCACAUGUUGCCCUACAAUCAAACAUGGCUGUCCUCCUCCGUCGCCGUGGUGAAGAGCUCAGAGGUUGACAUGUUGCUAAGGUUCUUCAGCUACCUCAGCAGACUCUCCUGCUACAGACACAUCAUGCUGUUCGGCUGCUCGCUGGCGCUGCCCGAGUGCGUCGCCGCCGACGGCGCGCACAACAGACGGGUCGUGCUGCCCUGCGCCUCGUUCUGCGAGGCGGCGAGGGAAGGUUGUGAACCCGUCCUCCAGAUGUUCAACGCCUCCUGGCCCGACUUCCUGCGCUGUUCUCAGUUCAGCAACAUCACCUCAACUUCGCCACCAUCAUCGUCGACGUCGCCCACGGCAACAACAGGCCCCGCCCCUCCUGCCUGUUACACUCCACGACAGAUCAAAGGGAAACCAUCUGUGUGUGGUGGUAAGGACCACUUCCUGUGUGCGACAGGGAUUUGCAUCCCCCAGAAACUGGUGUGUAAUGGCUACAAUGACUGUGACGACUGGAGCGACGAAACACAUUGUGUCUGUGCAGAUGGACAGGUCCGCUGUAACACUGGCCGCUGUCUCUCGCCCGCUCUGCUCUGUGACGGAUAUGACGACUGUGGAGACCUGAGCGACGAACUCAGCUGUGUGUGUGAUCUGGCUCGUGAGCAUCGCUGUGGCGACGGUCGCUGUGUGUCCAGAGACUGGCUGUGUGACGGAGACCACGACUGUUUGGACAAAAGCGACGAGCUGAACUGCUCCUGUAAGAGUCAGGGUCUGCUGGAGUGCAGGAACGGUCAGUGCAUUCCUUCUGCGUUUCGCUGUGACGGAGAGGACGACUGUAAAGACGGCAGCGAUGAGGAGCACUGCAGCCGAGAGCAGACCCCGGGUGUGUGUGUUCCCGGUCAGCCGAGCUGUAUCUCCACUUCCUGUCCGUCUGUGUGUGCGGGGGGCAGCACCAGCGCCGCCUGCGACCCCCGAAACAACAGCAGCAGCUGCACUCGCUGCGAGCCCAUCACCCUGGAGCUGUGCAUGAACCUGCCCUACAACCUGACCAGCUACCCCAACUACCUGGGUCACCUGUCCCAGAGGGAGAGCUCCGUGUCCUGGGAGUCCUCGCUGUUCCCCGCCCUGGUCCAGACCGGCUGCUACCAGUACCUCAUGUUCUACGCCUGCACCCUGCUGGUACCGAAGUGUGACCCGGUCAGCCUGCAGAGGGUGCCGCCCUGCAGGUCUCUGUGUCGUACGGCGAAGGAGAAGUGUGAGUCGGUGCUCGGCAUUGUGGGUCUGCAGUGGCCCGAGGACUCGGACUGCGGCCAGUUUCCGGAGGACGGGGGUAACAGCACCUGCCUGCUGCCGGAGGCCGGCGUGGACGAGUGCUCACCCAGCCACUUCAAGUGUCGGUCGGGCCGCUGCGUCCUGGCGUCCAAACGCUGUGACGGACACCUGGACUGUGACGACCACAGCGACGAGGACAACUGUGGCUGUUCUGAGCGCGCUCUGUGGGAGUGUCCCGGCAGUAAGGUGUGCAUUCAGUCCAGCAUGAUCUGUGAUGGGUUCCCAGACUGCCCCCUGCUGGUGGACGAGGCCAACUGCUCGGCGUGCAGAGAUAACGAGCUGUCCUGCAACAACCAUCAGUGCGUUCAUCGGACGCUGUGGUGCGACGGAAAGAGACACUGCUCAGACAGCUCAGAUGAAUGGGACUGUGUGUCUCUGACCGAUCGAUCGGGUUCUGUACUGACCGUGUUCCGGACGGCAGCAGAGUAUCAGGUGUGUGCAGACGAGUGGAACCACGAGCUCAGCAAACUGACCUGCAACCAGCUGGGACUAGGGGUUCCCUCCUCUGUUUCCAUGGUACCCGACCAGCCUGGAGUCCCGGGCCGUCGCCGUUGGUUACACGUCCAUCCCGAGUGGAACCUGAGGAACGGUUCUGCUCUGCAGGCGCGACUGGAGAAGAGAAGUCAUGCGUGUCAUUCCAGGAGGAGAGUGUCAGUGCUCUGUACCAGAGAAGAGUGUGGUCUCCGUCCAGCCGUGGGCGUCUCCCCCCUUAGGAAGAAGAGGAUUCUGGGAGGACGGGUGUCCCGGCGGGGGGCGUGGCCGUGGCAGUGCUCGCUGCAGAGCGGGCAGAGCGGACACGUCUGCGGCUGCGUCCUCAUCGCUCGGAGGUGGGCUCUGACCGUCGCACACUGCUUCGAGGGGAGGGAGAGCGCCGAGCUGUGGAAGGUGGUGCUGGGUCUGAGUAACCUGGACCAUCCAGGUGUUCACAGUCAGAGCCGCGGGGUGCGCUCCAUCAUCGUACACCCACGCUACAACCGGGCGGUGGUGGACUACGACAUCAGCGUGGUGGAGCUGGACUCUGAGGUCGAGGAGACGGCGUUCGUCAGGCCGGUGUGUCUGCCUCAGCCGGGCCGCCUGCCCUCACCUGACUCCUACUGUUACAUCACAGGCUGGGGUCACAUGGGCAACAGGAUGCCCUUUAAGCUGCAGGAAGGUGAGGUCCGGAUCAUCUCUCUGUCUCAGUGUCAGUCUUACUUCGACAUGAAGACCAUCACUCCCAGGAUGCUUUGUGCCGGUUACGACGCUGGAACCGUCGACUCCUGCAUGGGUGACAGCGGCGGUCCGUUGGUGUGUGAGGAGGACGGCGGUCGCUGGACGUUGUUCGGCCUGACGUCGUGGGGCAGCGUGUGCUUCAGUAAAGUGCUCGGACCUGGAGUUUACAGCAACGUGACGCACUUCACCCCCUGGAUCCAACAACAGAUCUACAUCCACACAUACCUGACCGACUGACACGCACACACUCACACAAGCUCUUUCAUUCCAGGAGGAAGUGAUGUCAUCAACAGGCAAACACGCCUGCAGUUCCUCCACCUGUGCCUAUAUCUAUACUGAUAGCCUUCAGAUGCUAACUGCUGGAAGAGCAGUAGUAUAAACUAGUGUUAUAGAUGCUAACCAGUUAGCUAGUAGAGCUGUUGUUAACGAGUAGACGUCACAUUCACACUAUUAAACUUUCACUUCACACUAAGUUUAAUUCUUAUUAUUUACAUUACUCCAAACUUAGAUUUAAAACCUACCACACAUCAAAGGUAACUUUAAACAGCUGAAAGUUAAACACGGAGACAUCUGUGAAUCUGAAUUUACCUCGAACUCUGCUCAGUUUAAAUCUUAGGUUUUUACAGGAAAUGAAAUUUCUGAUAUUUAAAUUCAAAUUGUUUGGAUCAAUCACGUUGCUGGAAGUGAAUUCUCACACACUCACAUUUCACAGGGACGUUAAACCGUCCUCUGCUGUAGCUGCUGUUUUCAUCCAUCUGGAAAGGAUCAAACAUCAGACAUUUAUUUUGAAAGGCCAUAAAAUCCAAUCUGAACAGUGACUCAGCAGAUCGGGAUCAUCUCAGCACCCCGUCAGUUCUCUUUUAUUUUCCAGUGUUGUGGGAGCAGCAGGCACAUGCUAAUGAACACAUGGUAAUGAACACAUGAUAAUGAACACAUGAUGAUGAACACAUGAUGACGAACACAUUAUUAACGUGUUGCGUUAAUCGAUCGUCUGCUUCUUCAGCUUCGUUCAAACCUUUAACCAUCGUUAAAACGUCCCAGUCUUCAGGCGCUUAGCUUCUAAAAGCUGCUAGCUAAAACAGACCAGCCGAGCACUCAACUUCCCACAAUGCUUCACUCUAUAGUGCCUGUACUUCAACCUAGCAGUAAAAACAACUUGUUACCUGUACAGUGUCGUACUGUAUGUGUGUCUGAUAGAGAGACGAUUUUUUUUUUUUUUGCUUCUAAAAACUCUGACAUCCAGAACAUUCCAGGUGGUCGUUGUUGUUUUGUGUGUUUGGUUUUUUAAGAGUAUUUUUCUACAGUUUUUUGUAUGUCAUGCUUCUCACACAGGGCUGUGUGUGUGUGUGUGUGUGUGUGUGUUUGUAUGUGAUUUUGGUUGUGUGCGUGUUUCUGAUGUCACUUCCUGAUUUAGCUGUUACAUGGUUACAAUGAUGAUGAUGAUGAUGAAGAUGCUCUGUGAACAGACUGUAGCCUCUGAUGUUUGUGUCCACAGUGAAUAUUUGGUUUGUAUCACCCUGUAUCCCACCAAUAAAACUAUAC